UCUCAGAAUGGAUCUUGUAUACUUUUUACCUCCUAACACCUUUCAGACCGGAGAGGAAAAGGGGCGGGCAUGAGGAGGAAUGCAUUUCUAGCUCGUGAUCAUUUCAGCGUGUAUACGUGUGCGUCCAAAUUGGGUCUGCAGCUCGGCUACAUUUUAUGGGAAAGUCAGUUUCCCACCAUUGUGUUCUCGGCGGUUGCCAGACACUGACGAGGCUCGUAGGCUGCCAUGCUCUGUGUGUGUGAGGAGAGCAGACGCUGCUGCUUUCACAGAGCAGCACAGGAAGAGGCAGAGUUCAGAUUGUGUUGGAGCCUCUAAGGUGAAGGCAGGGAGCGCUUUCAAACGCCGCAAAUAGCCAUCUGCCAGCCUGGUCCGGAAUUACUUUUCCAGCCCAAGGUUGUGGAGUUCUGGUUUUGAUUUUUGAGUGAGGCGGCUUCAGGCUUGGCUUAGCCAACAGAGCUAGUGGAAGUGGUGAGCUACAGGGCUGCAUGUCAUGGGCUGCGUCUUCUCACUGCCAGAGGACAGGAGAGAUGCUGCUGAGAGAGCACCCACUGCAAGAGAGACGAGUUUUGUUGAAAAAAUGAAGAAAACUGGAAAGAACAUCGUCGUGUUCUACGGCUCUCAGACGGGUACAGGGGAGGAAUUUGCCAACCGCCUGUCCAAAGACGCUCAGCGCUAUGGCAUGAAAGGAAUGGCUGCCGAUCCAGAGGAGUAUAACAUGGGUGAAUUGGCCCGUCUGUCUGAGAUUAAAAACUCCCUCGCCAUAUUUUGCAUGGCCACAUAUGGGGAAGGAGACCCCACAGACAACGCCCAGGACUUCUAUGAUUGGUUGCAGGAGAACGAUGGCGAAGACCUGACUGGACUAAACUACACUGUAUUUGCUUUGGGAAAUAAGACCUACGAACACUACAACGCUAUGGGAAAAUAUGUGGACAAAAGGCUUGAAGAACUGGGAGCCCAGCGCAUCUUUGAUCUUGGUUUGGGAGACGACGACGGCAAUCUGGAGGAGGACUUUGUGUCCUGGAGAGAGCAGUUCUGGCCGGCCGUCUGCGAGCACUUCGGAGUGGAGGCAUCAGGAGACGAGCUGAGUAUUCGUCAGUAUGAGCUGAAGGAGCACACUGACAUCAACAUGAACAAAGUUUACACAGGAGAGAUUGGCCGCCUGAAGAGUUUUGAGGUGCAGAAGCCGCCCUUUGAUUCAAAAAACCCUUUCCUGGCUCCGGUCACGGUCAACCGCAGACUCAACAAAGCUGGUGAUCGGCAUCUCAUGCAUCUGGAGCUGGACAUAACGGGCUCCAAGAUCAGAUACGAAUCAGGAGAUCACGUUGCCGUUUUCCCCACGAAUGAAUCUGCGUUGGUGAACAGGUUGGGAGAGAUCCUUGGUGUGGACCUUGAUGUGGUUAUCUCUCUCAACAACCUUGAUGAGGAGUCCAACAAGAAGCAUCCUUUCCCCUGUCCCACCACCUACCGCACCGCCCUCACACACUACCUGGACAUCACCAACUCUCCUCGCACCAACGUCCUGUACGAGCUGGCGCAGUACGCCUCCGACCCCAAAGAACAGGAGAACAUGCGCAAGAUGGCUUCCUCCUCCCCUGAGGGCAAGGCUCUGUACCAGAAUUGGGUGUUGGACUCAAGUAGAAACAUCCUCGCCAUUCUGGAGGAUUAUCCUUCUCUGAAACCUCCGGUCGACCACCUGUGUGAGCUGCUGCCUCGCCUUCAGGCUCGCUACUAUUCCAUCGCUUCCUCUUCUAAAGUUCACGCCAACAGCAUCCACAUCUGCGCCGUGGUGGUGGAGUACAACACCAAGACGGGCCGCACCAACAAAGGAGUUGCAACAAACUGGCUGAAAAACAAACUGGUCAACGGCCACAAGUCGACGGUUCCCAUGUACAUCCGCAAGUCUCAGUUCCGUCUGCCUUUCAAAGCCACCAACCCGGUGAUCAUGAUCGGCCCUGGGACUGGAAUCGCUCCGUUCAUGGGCUUCAUCCAGGAGAGAGGCUGGCUCAAACAGCAAGGGAAGGAGGUUGGAGAGACGGAGAUGUAUUUCGGCUGCCGACACAAGAAUGAAGAUUAUAUUUAUCAGGAAGAGUUGGAGGAAGCAGAGAAGAAUGCUGUCUUAACCCAGCUCAAUGUGGCCUUCUCUCGGGACCAGGAGCAUAAGGUGUACGUGCAGCAUCUCUUGAAGAAAAAUAAGGAACACCUGUGGAAGCUGGUUCACUCAGACAAUGCUCAUAUCUAUAUAUGCGGGGAUGCGAGGAACAUGGCUAAGGACGUGCAGACGGUUUUUUACGAGAUUGCAGAGGAAGUUGGAGGCAUGACUCGCACCCAAGCCACAGAUUAUGUCAAGAAGCUGAUGACCAAGGGACGCUACUCACAAGAUGUUUGGAGUUAAAGGGCCUCAGAUGCAGCCUCACUCUUCACUACUUUGUGGAAGUUAUAGAGUUUCUAUUUUUGCAGUUUGACUUUUUUGGGACUGAACAUUUAAAAAAAAGAAAAAGAGGAGAAAAAAAAAGGAACGGUUGUUCAUCGGUUGUUCAUACUCACUCAUUCAGGUGGGCUAAAGGUAGCAGAGGAUCAUGAGGCAAACGCUACCUCAGCAGGUUUUCAUUAACACAUUUAAGGGUUUCCCUCUUUUUCGGUAACUUGCGUGUUCCACAUCAUGUUUUUGUACCACCAGCUUAACGCGUGUUUGCUGGAGUCCUCACUUGAGCUAUCUCAAGAGUCUGUAAAUGAUUGAAUAUUUCUAACUGGAUGUAUGACUGAGUUUGGAGAUGAGGUGGCUCAAACUUCCUUAAUCAAGAGAGCUUGUCUCAAAAUAAGAGGGACCACAUUUGAAAUGGAAAAAAAAGGGGCCAUCUUUUAUUUAACUUUACUUUAAAUGAAAUACGGAUCUUACUUGUAACAUCAUAAAGGGGUGAAGUGGUAUUGCAUCGUUGAAGAGGAGAUAUGGAGGACUGUGUUCCUGUUGCAGUAUGAACACUCAGAGGAGCUCAGUUUAGUUUCUAUUCUAGCUGAUCUAAUAGUGCCGUUAAAGUACUUAAAAUGUGUAAAAUAUUUUAAAGACUUCUGUGAGGAAAAUGUUUGGUGUCAUAGGUGCAGUUAUGUUUAUCGUUAUACUUGGACAAGGGAGUUUGCCUUUUUGAGCAGACAGCAAGCUGCUGUUUGCUUUGAAUGGCAACGAUAACUGGAGAGGGCGAAAAGCGAACAUGCAGAAGAGAUAAUCAUAUAUAGAAAAAAAACAUGACAUCAUAUGUAUUUUAUGUCCACAAGUAACCUGCUUUUAAACAAUGAAAUUUAUAUCUGUUGGUACCCUGUAAUCUUUGUCAGUUAUUAAAACAUUUGGCAAGGCAGAUUUUAAUGCAGCUCUGGCCCGCUUUAGAGGAGCAUGGUGAAAUUUCAGAUGUCAACCACAUCAGUUUUGUUUUUGAUUUUAUUUUUGUUUUUGUGUAAAGGCAUAUGCACCACCAUGUAGAUAAUAUUAUUUGACAUAUCUGUACAUUUUGUACCAUCUGUAAGUCGGUGCUUCUCACAGUUUGUUUGAGAGGGAGCGGGGAUGAAGAGGUCAGCCGAGCCGCUGAAGUGCAGCCAGUGCCUUUUUUUAAUACUGCCUUAUGUAUGAGGUUAGCAUUAAUACCAUGAGCCUUCACUGUCGAUGUAUGUUUUUAUUUUUUUCCUUCCAUGCAUACAUUUUCAUAGAAAAUUAAAUUCUUCUGAGACACUUUAUCUGGCGCUGUCACUUUUUUGGCCAAACACUUUAUAAUGUUAUUCUUUGUAUGGUGGCCUUUUUAUUUUUCUCUUUUUUUUUUCUCUCUCAUUUUUUUUAAAUGAAUAAAAUUUGAAUAAUU